AGAUCUCGUGCGACGAGAUGGAAUGUUCAACUGAAUUAUCUGCAACUCAAUUUAAUGUAUUAUCAAUACUGAGCCAUGGCCGAACAGCAAUUCGAACCAACCUCUUCUCGUAAAGGCUGCACUCUGGAGAGAGCCAAUGCGGAACAUGUACCUCACAUUCAAUCCAUGACCAGAGCUGCGUACUCCAAGUACAUCGACCGUAUCGGCAAAGAACCAGCGCCCAUGAAAGCUGACUAUUACGAACUCAUCAAGACGCAACUGGUCUACAUACUUGGCGAAGACGAGAAUGACACAGUGGUCGGCGCCAUUCUCCUUCGCCAUGAUCCAUCAGCCAGCGCACUGCAUAUCAACAACCUGGUCGUAGCCCCAGAGGCUCAGGGCCGCGGCUACGGCCGAGUCUUGAUGAAAUGCGCUGAGGACGUGGCUCGAGCUUCUGGAUGCACAUCUCUGCAAUUGUACACCAACAUCAAAAUGUACGAAAACCUCAUCCUGUAUCCCAAGAUGGGGUUCGUCGAGACAGAGAGGAGGACGGAGGAUGAAUACGAGAGGGUGUACUUUCGUAGGGAGCUGGAUAGCGCCUAGACGCCCACCGCGGUCUGUGAAUCCACAAUCAGUGAAUGAAGAGGACCUCACGAGCGCAACAUCCGGAAGGCAACGGCCGCCGUACACUCCAAUUUCUAUCGUUCCAGGAGAAUGAGAGUCUGAAAACAAAUCAACAAUGAGCAAUGCCUACGAGUCUGUCGAUGUAAGACAUUGCAAGUGCUGGAGGCCUUCAGCGAGCUAAACUCGAUUGGCCCAUUGGAACCGAGACAGCCCAACCAAUGAGAAUCAACAGCAGUCUUCCGUUCCGUCAGCGGAUCAACUCAUGUGGCACGUCAUGUACCUCACCUCACCUUCACUUCUAUUGACAUUCAUCUCAUUGACG